AUGGGCCGGGAACUCCGGUUCGCGCGUGUUCCACUUCGCAUAUUUGCUGUUGGAAUGUGGAUGCUGAAUGAACUGGGGUCCCCUGUGGUGGUCCUUCCAUCGGAUAUACGGCUUUAUGACAGGCAUUACGGCUAUAGCUCUGGCCGAGAAGGACCAUCGCCUGUUAAACUCGCUUUAGAGUUCAUUGACCAGAGGACCGCUCUAAUAGCUGCAGAUUGCCACUGGAUUUCGUUCCUAUAA